AUGUCUCAUUUUCGCUUCUUGCACCUCCCGCGCGAACUUCGAGAUGUCAUCUACAACUACUUGAUCAUACCAACGAAAGAGAUAUUCGCUGGCGUCGACGAGUACGAUACGAUAGUCACCACCACAGACGUCCCAACACCCGCCCUUCUCCAAGUCAGUAAACAAGUGAAAUCAGAAUACUUGGACCAACUCCCCAUAUCUCGAACUCUCCACGUCCUGGGCGGACACUGUUCCUGGUGGACCGGAUAUCCAGAUCUCCCCGGGCCUCUCGCACGCUCCGUCAAGGGCUGUUAUGUCUACAUCCACGUCGAAUGCUACUGCGACAACAUGAGUGAAGGCGAACGGGAAGAAUUCGAAGCCCUCGGGGCGCAGUGCGACGCUGUGGACUUUCUCCACAAUUAUAGAGAAGCGCUACAACCAUUCCUGAGCCAAUUCCCCAGCCUUGAAUCUGUACAUCUAAAGAUCGGACUUUGGGGCAGCGAGGAGGCCACUAAUGAUCGGGCCCCAGAGAUUAGUGAGGAGGGCAACGUUGUGGAUCUGAUGCCAUCUCACUCGGAUGGCUUUACGGAGGCUUUGAGUAUGCUUGUUGCUUUGCCGCUGGAAGUGUCGGAUAUGGAGGUUGUGAGGUGUCUGAGUGAGGAGGAGUAUGACAGUUAUCGCAUGGGGGAAGAUCAUGGAUUGCGGACAUAUGUGACCUGGACUAGGGCGGGGGGUUGGGGGAAAGGAAAUCUAAGGGCGAGUGAUCGCUGA